UAUCCUAUUCUCUAUAUAUACCACUAGUGGUGUGCCCUGCACUCCGACAUUCAAUUUCCGAUAGUCCUUUCUCCGUCUUUACACAAAACCUUUCCUAAAAUGAAGAAUAUUGAUAUCCAAGUGAUCUCCAAGCAGAGCAUCAAACCCUCUGCUCCAACCCCAGACCAUCUCCGCCAUUACCAGCUCUCUUUUCUUGAUCAAAUUGCACCUACAGUUUUCAUGCCUAUGAUCUUCUUCUACCCUAAACAAGCUGAUCAUAUCAAUCUCACUAAAAAACAACUUGUGGACAGGAUUAAGAAUUCUUUAUCCGAGUCCUUAACCUUAUUCUAUCCUCUUGCUGGACGAGUCAAGAACAAGCUCUACGUCGAAUGCAACGACGAGGGAGCUUGCUACUUUGAAGCCGAAGCCAAAUGCAAACUUUCUGAUAUUCUUCAGAAUCCAAACCCUCAAGACAUGAACCAUCUUCUUCCAUUCGAGCUGGAUGACGUUAAUGGCUUGCCAUUGAUCGUCCAAGUCACUUUCUUUGAAUGCGAAGGAAUUACCCUUGGUGUUGGCAUGAACCAUGAAGUUGCAGACGCUUUGUCUUUGAUCAACUUCCUUAACACCUGGUCUGCUUUCUCCCGUGGAGAAACUGAUUUUAGACCUCCAAUUUUCGGGACUGCCAAACUCUUCCCUCCGAGAGACAUGUCAGAUUUCACAUUGAAUUACGGGAUCGUAAAGGACAAUAUUGUAGCCAAAAGGUUCGUCUUUAAUGCUGCAAAAAUAGCAGCUCUCAGAAACAGAUGCGCAGAAGAAAAAGACACCGAUAAUUAUCAGAAACGUCCAACUCGUGUUGAGGCAUUAUCUGCUUUCUUAUGGAACCGCUUCAUGGCUUCCACACAACCAAAAGAAACCAGAUCAAACAAAAUCUACACAAUAUUACAUGCUGUGAAUAUUCGUUCGAGGAUGGAACCGGUUCUUGCUGAGAAUUAUUUCGGAAAUAUAAGCAGGGUUGCAAUCUCGGUUCCGUCGAUGGAAAAAGAAGAAGGGUUCGAAGGAAUUUUGAAGCCGGUGAAGGAUUCGAUAAACAACAUCAAUCCUGAGUUUGUGAAGACACUGCAACAGACAGAUGGUGGGCAUUUGGAAUUUCUGAAACAACGCUCUACGCAGGUCAGUAAAGGAGAGGUGAUUUCUUUCAGCUUCACGAGUCUUUGUAGGUUGCCUGUUUAUGAGACUGAUUUCGGGUGGGGAAAUCCUCUUUUUGCUGGAUCGACCCGGUUGACAUUUAAGAAUCUGGUUACUUUUUUUGAUACUAAGAUAGGGGAUGGAAUUGAAGCUUGGAUUAAUUUGAAGGAGGAAGAUAUGGCUAAGUUUGAAGUGGAUGAAGAGCUUCUGGAGUUUGUUUCCCCGACCCUGAAUGCCAACAAAAAUUUAAUUAAUUAACUAAUUGAAGAAUAUGUGGAUUAUAGGUUGAAAAUUGUUAAUUUUCAUGCUAAAUAAAGGAUAUAUAUAUAUAUAUAUAUAUAUGUAUGUAUUAUCAUUGAACUAUUUAGUCUUUAGUUUUGCUUGUUGGCUUGUAUCCCAUGUAUAAGGCUGUGCAUGGUAUUGUUGAAUAUAUACAUUUGUACCUUUGUAUUAGUUAAUGUUAUUUGGUAUGGAUCUUUAUUAAUCGUUUA